AUGAAUCCAGCAAGAUAUCCCCUCACAGAAAUCUUUCAAAUAUUCGUUAAUUUAACGAAACAUCAAUCCCUCACCAAAACCGAAGCAUCUUCUCAGAAAUGGUCAACUAUUGGUACGAUUCUAUCAUCUAUUGGAACAUGGAUUGCAUUUGGAUCCAUGGCCUAUCAUUAUUCAGAUAUUGAACAUCGAAUAGCUGAAAUUAAAAUGAAACGAAAUGCAUUAAUACAACAAAGAAAUGAAGCGAAAUUGAAUGAAAAUUUACAUGAUAUCGUAAAUACAGUGAAUAAUGAGACUGAUUGGAUGAAAGAUAAAUUACAACCUCUACUGAUACCCAUGUUCUCUGGAUUGACUUUAUUUUUAGGGUUUUAUGUUGUUGGAAGAAGACAAGCCUUUAAAAAGAAUUUGGCAAUGAUGAUUAAGGAGAGACAAAAACAAUUUCCAAAUGAUCCAUUAUUGGCAUCAAUGAUACCUUCAUCCUCUUCCAAUCGUACAUACAAGCCUUUAUCUGCGAUUAAAGUUAAAUAG